CAGGCCCAACCCAAACAAGGGCAUCUGGAAUUGGAAAGAGAGGCAGUUGGUCUUGAAAAGACCCAGGCACUGUAGGUAUUUGAGGUGAUUAUGGCCAUGUGUGGAAGAGGGAGGGCCCAUACGAUUCUCUCUAACAGGAUGAGUAACUCUGUGUGCACUGAGAUCUGCACAACUUGCUGGCACGGGAAUCUCUUCUAUUUUAAUUUGAGACUGGGGAUUAUAGGAUUCCAUUGAGUAAGCCUUGAAAGGAGGACACAAAGAUCAAGGGACCAACCCUGAGAUCAGAUUUCCUUAUUUAACUGCACUGCUUAGUACAGUCCGUGAUUUAGGAGUUGCCCUCCUCUUCGCCAAGGGGAAAGUGGCAGUAAGUUUUUCAGGGCCAUAAUCAUGGGACAAAGUUAAAAUCAUGGGACUUCCCUUUAAAAAUUGAUGUAUUGAAAGACCUACACAUUCUUAAUGAUUCAAGUGCCUGUUCCCAGCUUUCAGUUGGUGUCCAUGGAAAACGUUGGAGAACAAGUUGUGUGCCUGAUUGCUUAUCAUCUACUUUUUGCAAUGUUCGUCUGGUCAUAUUGGAAAACUAUCUUUACAUUACCAAUGAAUCCUUCAAAAGAAUUCCAUCUCUCUUAUGCGGAGAAAGAAUUGUUGGAGAGAGAGCCAAGAGGAGAAGCCCAUCAGGAAGUUCUUCGGCGAGCUGCCAAAGAUCUCCCCAUCUAUACCAGGACCAUGUCUGGAGCAAUCCGAUAUUGUGAUAGAUGCCAACUCAUAAAACCAGACCGCUGCCAUCACUGUUCUGUCUGUGACAAAUGUAUUUUGAAGAUGGAUCAUCAUUGCCCUUGGGUGAACAAUUGUGUUGGAUUUUCAAAUUAUAAAUUUUUCCUCCUUUUCUUGGCUUAUUCUCUGCUGUACUGCCUUUUUAUUGCUGCUACAGAUUUACAGUAUUUUAUCAAAUUUUGGACAAAUGGCCUACCCGAUACUCAAGCCAAGUUCCAUAUUAUGUUUUUAUUCUUUGCCGCAGCUAUGUUUUCUGUCAGCUUGUCUUCUCUGUUUGGCUAUCAUUGUUGGCUAGUCAGCAAAAAUAAAUCUACAUUAGAGGCGUUUAGAAGUCCUGUAUUUCGACACGGAACGGAUAAGAAUGGAUUCAGCUUGGGUUUCAGUAAAAACAUGCGACAAGUUUUUGGUGAUGAGAAGAAGUACUGGUUGCUACCCGUUUUUUCAAGUCUAGGUGAUGGCUGCUCCUUUCCAACUUGCCUUGUUAAUCAGGAUCCUGAACAACCAUCUACUCCUGCAGGAAUGAACUCAACAUUGAAAACUCCUGAAAACCAUCAGUUCCCUGCAAAGCCCUUGAGAGAGUCCCAGAGUCACCUUCUCACGGAUUCCCAGUCUUGGACUGAGAACAGUGCAAACCCAGGAAAAGGCAAAGCUGGUAUGAGCAAUCCUGCAUUAACCAUGGAGAAUGAGACUUAACUCUUCAAACAAAAUAAAUUCAUACUUUAUGAAAGUAUCAGUGCUGCAGGUGGACGGCAGAGGCUUCCCACAGGAAGGCACCACGGGCCCGUGGUUCCCAUUUCUUCUUGGCUGAAUAUGCAGAAUAUGAAUUGGUUAGUUCUCUCCAAGCCGUUGCUUAAAAUAUAACACAUUUAAAAAAAAAACCAGUAUAGAGAUUGUUUCAACUAACACAAAUUCCUGUUAAAUAUUAAAAGUAAUAAUGGUUUAUGAAUCAAGGACAAAAAUAUCUUCUAUCAUAAAAACUUGGAAUAAAUUCAUGGGCUUAUUUUCACCCAAAUAUUUGGGUUGUAGAAUGUAUACACAUAAAAAGCCCAUUAACCAUCUGAUUUUUCUGAUUCAGAAAAUUGAGACUAUUAAGAUACUGAAGUUUAAAAGAUUUCAAAUUACAGUAUAAUGAGAGCUUUAUUCAUAAAACCUGUUAGUUACCUGUGAGGUGGAGGGAGCCUGUCAGACUUGUUUCUUCCCUCUGCUGUAAAUCUGGCCCCAGACUGAGUGAACUCUAAUGACUAUGAAUUCAUUGCAAAUUUUAAUUGGCCCACACUUGAAAACUACCAUCAUUUUUUGCCAGACUUUAAUUCUAGCCUUUGUUCCCUGCUGGAAAAGAAGUGUGAUCAUUGAUUGAAGACUGAGCUCACUGAUAAGCAACUAGCUGGCAAAUUUUUUGUCACAACUAACACAUUUCUAUUACAUCCAAGAUAUAUUUUUCAUCUCUCCCAAUCUUCUUAAACCGGGGGAAAAUCUAUAUAAGAACAAUUAUGGUUGGUUUAUUAUGUUCUUUUGCCAGUAUGGGUUUUUUGAAAAUCUGUUUUUUAGGUUAUUUGUUCUAGUGAACAGAGCAAACGUAUUGAAUUUGUUAAGCAUCGCCAAUGGGCCAAUAGAUUAAUCCUCCAUUGGUAUCUAUAUUUUUUCCGUGUCCCCUCUCAUCAAAAGUAUGACACUUAACUUUAUAGUUCUUCAAAUACUUAAGACUAAAUUAUGCAAAUCAUUAAAACAAAUCGUAUACUUUCAGAAAUUUAGUUCAACCUGAACUAAAUGGCGUGCUGUUUGGAAAUUGAGUUUAAGGUAAACUAAUGUGGUGUGUUUGUCAAUGCCAAAACGUUCGGCUUUGGUAAAUAUACUAGGAAGCUCUUGUGCCUUGUACGCACUAUUUGAAAAAGUUUUAUUCUUUUUUUGAGUGGAGUGUAAGUUUUGUAAAUGUUAGAGAUUAGAAUAAGCUUAAACAGUUUUUGGUACUGAUUUUGAGAAUUUAAAGCAGAUUAUCUUUUAAAACGUGCACAGUUAAGGAACCAGUAUUUAAUCAAAGAGACAAUGGUAUUACACUUUUCAAAAUCCGAGUUAGACAAAAAUGCAACACUGAAGAGACCAGGAGACUGGAGGAUAAUGGAGUAGAAAGAUCCUUGCUUCUUUCUAAAAAUAUAAAGCUUACAUUUUAAUGAGUUUAUGAAAGAACCAAUGUCAGCCAAGUCCAUUUAAAGAUCAUUUGAGUGCAAUUCUUUGAACAACUGGGAUACUCUUUCCGAUUUUUUUUUUUUUUUAAACCUGAAGACUUUGAUCUGACAAUCCGUUUCAGGAAAUCUCAGAAGAUAUGAUGCAUUUUUACUUGUUACUUUUAAAGCAUUUUUUGGUCAUCAUUUUUUAUUACCUGAAGUGCCAGGUUGGAACCUAUAGCUACUGCUACGAGUCUUAAGGGCAACAACAUCACGUGAUGUAUUACGAAAUAUAUGCAGCCAGGUUUUUUCAAAGCACAGUACUAUAGCCAUUUUUGUGGACAGGAUUUUGUGAGGUGUUCCUUCUUGUCAAAAUAGAAGCUAAGAAAAAAAGUGGGGUUUUUAUUCUUUCCCUUGGGAGAGUACUGUUAAAUUUUCCCCCUUUAGGUCUUUUGUGUAAUUAUUGAUAUACAUGAUGAGUUGAUACACAGUAGAAUCAUUCGAAAAAAAUUUUUACGAAUAAAUUUUUUUCCAUUAA